UCCAGCUCGCGGCGGCGCCGACGUCCGCGCUCGGCGCUGCCCGUGAACGUGAGCGUGAGCGUGGUCCGUAAUCGCCGUCCGUGAUCGGCGAUCCGUCGCCGGUGGUCCGUGAUCCGUGAUCGUGUCGUGACGCCGGCUGGCGAUGUUGGCGCUGGCGAGCUGCCGUGACCACGUCGGGAGCCGUCGGCACCGGCCCGCGGCGGUCACUGGCGCCCUCUGACCCGCUGACGGGAGCCGCCCGCCAUGGUGGCCACUCUGUGCGGCGCGCUGUCGCACGUCCUCGACUGGGCCUCAUGGCUCUGGCCGCUCCUGGUAUCGACGCCCGGGGACGGCCUGUCCGAGCUAGAGCGGGUGCAGGAGCUGUUCCCGUCGGACGAUCUGGGCCUGCUCAGCAGGGACGCCUCUGCUCAGCCAAUGAAGGGCCUCAUCAGGAAGAGAUCGGCCCCGGCCAGCCGCCUGCAGCGGGCGCUGUCGGCCAAGGCGCAGCGGCCCUCGUCGGUCGAGCGGUCGCCGGCGCGCGCCGCCGAGGAGCGCGAGCGUAGCUCCCCACCCGAGCCCGGCCGCCGCCGCCAGCUUGUCAUGGAGUCUGCCGUCACGUUCACCGCGGGACUGCAGUCACAAGACCGCCACCUCUUCCUCUUCACCGACAUGCUGCUGGUGGCCAAGGUGCGCUCGGGCGGCAACUUCAAGCUGAAGGACAAGGUGCGCCUGUCGGAGAUGUGGCUGACCUCCUGCCUGGACGAGGUGGCCGACGUCGCGCGGGACCCCGGCACGUCGCUCGUCAUGGGCUGGCCCACCACCAACGUGGUGGCCACCUUCAGCGGCGGCCCAGUACGCGACGCCUGGCUCGCCCAGCUCACCCAGCUGAUCGCGGCGGAGCGCGAACUGGAGCCGAAGACGACCGCCAUCCAGCUGGUGUACCGCGACCCGAUCAGCAGCGUCGACCUGAGCCAGACGCUGAGCGUAGCGCCGUCGACGACGGCGCGCGAGUGCGUGCGCAGCGCGCUGGCCGGCCUGGAGCGCCCGGCUCGCUCCGAGCUGCGGACGCUAUCGCCGUCGCCGGAGCCGGCCAAGAAGAAGAAGAUGCCGAAGAAGUCGCCAAUCCGCAUCCACCGCGUGUUCCGCCGCACCAACAGCAAGCCGGACAGCGGUGAGGUGCUCGGCACCAUCAGCGGCGCGGCACCAGCCCCCGAGCGCUCGCGACACACCUCAUGA